AUGGGGUACACUCAGCUGGACCACGCGUCCAACCGACGGCUACACCCAUAUGCACCACAAGUAGGAUGCGAUCGAGAGGAUAAAGAGGAGUUCUGGGAGAAAUUAGACGAUCUGGUUCAGUUGAUUCCAAGAGAAGAAAGGCUAAUCAUUGGAGCAGACUUCAAUGGACACAUCGGCGAGAGAAACGGAGGAGACGAGAGAGUGAUGGGAAAGUUUGGGUAUGGCACACGCAAUGUAGAGGGCCAAGACAUUGUAGACUUCGCUCACCGCAUGGAAAUGGCUGUGAUAAACACCUUCUACAACAAGCGCGAAUCACACAAGAUCACGUACACAAGUGGAGGCAAGCAGACUCAAAUUGACUACAUCAUGGGCCGAAGAACACACCUGAGAGAAGCGCGAGAUUGCAAGGUCGUGCCAGGGGCAAACGUUGCUAAACACCACGUAGUGAUCAGUAGAUGGAAAUGGAGAUGCGGGCGGGGACAACAGCUGAGGAUAGAACCGAAGAUCAGAUGGUGGAAGCUGGGGGAGGAGGAGCCGAGCACCAAGGUUAGGCUUGGGGUGAGGCAAAAGGUGGAUUGGGGCCUAGAUGGCACCUGGGAGGAUGUUGCAAAUGUACUGAGAGAAACAGCUAGAGAAGUCUUCGGUGUGUCAACAGGAAGGAAGAAAGUAGAUAAAGAGACAUGGUGGUGGAAUGAUGAAGUGCAGGCAGUGGUAGCCAGAAAGAAACUUGGAAGGAAUGGCACAAGAAAAAAGACCCCAGUAGCGAAUCACAGUAUAAAGAGGCCGAAAACAAGGCAAAGAUGGCAGUAA